CAAGGACAUGUUUCUGUGAAUUACUGUACAAUACAUGCAUUCCUUAAAAAACGUGCAUCUGCCUGCCGGUUCUCUCAAAUGCAGGGUGCAGAUAAGGAUUCUACUGACUGUAUAAGUGUGAAUGACCAUGAUAUAACCGAGAAAGCCGGUUCUUGUGUGGGUGGUGUACUACGCCAAAUAAUACACACACACAGAGGGAAAAGCUUAUGGGAUGUUUACUGCUAGCAAGUAAGGCUUUAGGGUGCACCCAAAUCGAGAGCAGCGACCCCCAGUUACAGCAGAGCACUAAUGUAGACGUGGUACGCUUUCCGUGUGUGGUUUACAUCAAUGAAGUGCGUGUCAUCCCUCCAGGAGUAAGAGCUCACUCUAAUUUACCUGAAAAUAGGGCUUAUGGCGAGACAUCCCCUCACACAUUUCAGUUAGACCUGUUUUUCAACAAUGUCAGCAAGCCAAGUGCCCCUGUGUUUGACAGGCUGGGAAGCCUGGAGUAUGAUGAGAACUCGUCAAUUAUUUUUAGGCCCAAUGCAAAGGUCAACACUGAUGGAUUAGUUCUAAGAGGUUGGUACAACUGCUUGACGCUGGCGAUAUACGGCUCUGUUGAUAGAGUAGUAAGCCAUGACCGGGACUCGCCACCCCCUCCUCCGCCCCCUCCACCCCCUCCUCAGCAACAAACGGCUUUGAAAAGAACUCCAAAACUUGCUGAUGGAGAGAAGGAGGAUCAGUUCAAUGGCAGUCCUCCACGACCACAGCCCAGAGGACCAAGGACUCCACCAGGCCCUCCUCCUCCCGACGAUGAUGAAGAUGAGCCAAUGCCUGUAUCCGUGGUUGGAGAAAAAGAAGAUGAUGUUGAUCACAGAGAGGAUUACUUUGAACCCAUUUCUCCUGAUCGGACAUCUGUUCAUCAAGAGGGCCCGUAUUCUGAUGAAGGAGAAAUGGAGGAAGACCAGCCAGAAGAAGUGGAGGAGGAUGAAGAGGGAGUGGAUGUUGAGGAAGAAGAGGAGGAUGAAGAGGAUGAUGAUGGUCAAACAGUAGAGAGUAUCCCUGAGGAUGAGGAAGAGGAGGAGGAAGAGGAAGAAGAGGAAGAGGAUGGUGAUGAAGAGGAGGAAGGUGAAGGGGAUGAUGGUUAUGAGCAGAUUUCAAGCGAUGAAGAUGGAAUUGCUGAUUUGGAACGUGAGACUUUUAAGUACCCAAGCUUUGACAUCGAAUACACUGCUGAGGAUCUAGCCAGAGUACCACCUGUGACUUACGACCCUUUUGAUAGGGAGCUUGGGCCGCUUCUGUACUUUGGCUGUCCCUACAAAACCACUUUUGAGGCUGAAGUUGCCAAGAUGAGAGAUCAAGAUAUAGAGAAGGAAAAUUCUGGGGCAGUUGAGACUUCUGUUAAAUUGGCUGAACUGCUGGAACUGUAUCAAGAUGAGAGAGGUGCAAAAUGGGUCACUGCAUUGGAAGAAAUUCCAAAUUUAAUCGUCAAAGGACUGAGCUACUUGCAGUUGAAGGACACAAACCAGGAUUAUGUAAGCCAGUUGGUUGACUGGACAAUGCAGUCUUUAAACCUGCAGGUAGCUUUGAGACAGCCAAUUGCAUUGAAUGUCCGUCAGCUUAAAGCUGGGACAAAACUGGUAUCCUCACUGGCUGAAUGUGGGACUCGAGGAAUAGCAGGACUUUUGCAAGGAGGAGUAAUUAAUUCCUUAUUUGAGCUGCUCUUUGCAGACCAUGUGUCUUCCUCCCUGAAACUCAAUGCCUUCAAAGCUUUGGAUAGCGUUAUUAGCAUGACUGAAGGAAUGGAGGUAUUUUUGAGGAGUGGGUUAGAGGCACAUGAAAAAAGUGGCUAUCAGAGGCUACUGGAGCUUAUCCUCUUGGACCAGACAGUAAGGGUGGUUACUGCAGGCUCUGCAGUUCUACAGAAAUGCCACUUUUAUGAGAUUUUAUCUGAGAUCAAAAAGUUUGGUGACCAGUUAGCGGAAAAUUCUCCACCCCUUUCUAACCACACUGAGACUGAGCAGGAUCCGGAUGCUGGACUUGAGAGAGGCAACCAGGAGUACGAAAAUGAUGUGGAGGCCCCCAUGGAUAUGGACAACCUUUUGGAGUCCUCCAAUAUGAGUGAAGGCGAAGUGGAGAAACUCAUUAACCUUUUGGAUGAGAUUAUGCAUUUGAUGGAGACUGCCCCUCAUACCAUGAUCCAGCCCCCUGUGAAAUCUUUCCCAACAACUGCACGUAUUACAGGACCCCCAGAAAGGGAUGACCCUUUCCCAGUCCUGUUCAGGUACCUUCAUAGCCAGCAUUUCUUGGAAUCGAUCACAUUGCUGUUAUCAAAUCCAAUAACAAAUGUGCACCCUGGUGUACUUCAGUCUGUCAGGGAUAUACUGAAGUUCUUGGCACAGUCACAGAAAGGUCUUCUUUUUUUCCUCUCUGAAUAUGAAGCCACAAACCUGCUAGUUCGAGCCUUUUGCCAGUUUUCUGAUCCUGACCAAGAGGAAGGUCUCCAGACAGAUGGGGCAAGUGAUGAAGCAUUUCCCCUCUGGCUUCUUCAUUCAACGCAGACACUUCAGUGCAUUUCAGAACUGUUCUGUCACUUCCAGCGGUACACAGUCACUGAUGAAACAGACCACUCAGAUCUCUUGGGGACACUUCAUAAUCUUUACUUGAUCACUUUUAACCCUGUAGGAAGAUCUGCAGUAGCCCACGUCUUCAGCCUUGAGAAAAACCUCCAGAGUCUUAUUACUUUAAUGGAGUUCUAUUCCAAAGAGGCUUUAGGAGAUUCCAAGUCAAAGAAGUCGGUUGCCUAUAAUUAUGCCUGCAUCCUUGUUCUGCUGGUGGUUCAGUCCUCCAGUGAUGUUCAAAUGCUUGAACAGUACUCAGCACCCCUGUUGAAGCUUUGUAAGGCUGAUGAAAAUAACACCAAAUUGCAAGAGCUUGGCAAAUGGCUGGAGCCCUUGAAAACCCUUCGAUUUGAAAUUAAUUGUAUCCCAAAUCUCAUUGAAUAUAUUAAACAGAAUAUUGACAGUUUGAUGACCCAGGAAGGAGUUGGUCUUCCUACUGCACUUCGUGUCCUCUGCCAUGUUGCAUGUCCACCACCACCUGUGGAAGGUCAGCAGAAGGACCUUAAAUGGAACCUUGCCGUCAUUCAGCUCUUUUCUUCUGAAGGAAUGGACACUUUUAUUCGAGUGCUGCAAAAGCUGAAUAGCAUCCUUAUACAGCCCUGGAGGCUCCACGUUAACAUGGGAACGACCCUUCACAGAGUCACUACGAUCUCCAUGGCCCGAUGCACCCUCACUCUCCUGAAAACAAUGUUAACUGAACUGCUGCGGGGAGGAUCCUUUGAGUUCAAAGAUAUGCGUGUUCCUUCAGCACUUAUUUCUUUACACAUGCUUUUGUGUUCUAUUCCCCUCUCAGGACGCUUAGACAGCGAUGAGCAAAAAAUCCAGAAUGACAUUGUUGAUGUUUUGCUAACUUUUACUCAAGGUGUUAAUGAGAAGCUGACAAUCUCAGAAGAAACUCUGGCCAAUAAUACUUGGUCACUCAUGCUGAAAGAGGUUCUCACUUCUGUUUUGAAAAUUCCUGAAGGGUUUUUCUCUGGUCUUAUACUGCUUUCUGAAUUGCUGCCUCUUCCACUGCCCAUGCAAACAACUCAGGUCAUUGAACCACAUGACAUAUCGGUGGCUCUCAACACUAGGAAACUGUGGAGCAUGCAUCUUCAUGUUCAAGCCAAAUUGCUGCAAGAAAUAGUGCGGUCAUUCUCUGGCUCCACCUGUCAGCCUAUUCAGCACAUGCUAAGGCGCAUCUGCGUUCAGUUGUGUGACUUGGCCUCACCAACUGCUCUCCUUAUUAUGAGAACGGUUUUGGAUCUGCUUGUAGAAGAUCUGCAACAAAGCAACCCAGAAGAUAAAGAGAAGCAGUACACUGGUCAGACCACCCGCUUACUUGCGUUACUUGAUGCCCUGGCAUCACAUAAAGCUUGUAAAUUGGCUAUUUUGCACUUGAUUAAUGGAACUGCUAAAGGCGAUGAAAAGUAUGCAGAAGUUUUCCGGGAACUUUUGUCUUUAAUGCGAGCUACAGGGGACAACGUUGUUCAUCAACAGUGUGCUGAAUAUUUAGCUUCUAUUCUGCAGUCCCUCUGUGACCAGGACAUUGCACUGAUCCUGCCAAGUUCCUCGGAGAGCACUCUCUCCGAGUUGGAGCAGCUUUCCAAUUCGUUGCCAAGCAAAGAACUCAUGGCUUCCAUCUGUGACUGCCUGAUGGAAACACUUGCUAAUGCUGAGAGCAGCUAUAACUGUUUGCUGACAUGUAUCAGGACAAUGAUGUUUCUUACAGAGCAUGAUUAUGGAUUUUAUCACUUGAAGAGCUCUCUAAGAAAACACUGUGGUGCUCUGCAAACAGUAUUGAAGCGAGUAGUAAGCAGCUUUAGUAAGGACACGGGAGAACUUGCCUCUUCUUUCCUGGAUUUCAUGAGACAGAUACUAAAUUCCGACACACUGAUCCGCAUAAAGCUGCCCUCUUCAUCCACAAAUGGGAACUUGCUCCCAGAGCAAAAGACCACAAAAGACCUUCGCAUGGGAUGUUGUGGAGAUGAUGGCAGUCUCGUGGAAGUAGAUGGAACCCAUCCUGCCAGAACACUGGGCCUUACUACUGCAGAAUUAAAGUAUCAGUUACAGAAUAAAGAAGAAGCUCCUGAAAACCUGCUCCUUGAACUGGAGAAACUAGUUUUGGAACGUUCUAAAGAGGAUGACAGUUUGGAAUCUUUGUUGGAUAAUGUUGUUGGACUUCGCCAGAUGCUGGAAUCUGCCGGUGAUCCUUGUUCUCUGAGUGACCAGGAUGUGGAACCAGUUCUUCCUGCACCAGAAUCUCUCCAGAAUCUUUUUAAUAAUAGGACCACAUAUGUCUUGGCAGAUGUUAUGGAUGAUCAGCUGAAGUCUAUGUGGUUCUCGCCAUUCCAGGCUGAAGAAAUUGAAACUGAUCUUGACAUGGUAAAGGUAGACUUAAUUGAACUGUCAGAAAAAGGAUGCAGUGACUUUGACCUGCAGGCAGACCUGGAGAGAUCAUUUUUGUCCGAGCCUUCCUCUCCUGGUCGGACAAAAGCCACAAAAGGCUUUAAACUCGGCAAACACAAGCAUGAGAUAUUUAUAACAUCCAGUGGAAAGUCUGAAUACAUUGAACCUGCCAAAAGAGCCCAUAUUGUGCCGCCUCCUAGAGGAAGAGGCAGGGGAGCGUUUGGCCAAGGCAUCCGGCCCCAUGAUAUAUUUCGUCAGAGGAAGCAGAAUACAAGCAGGCCACCUUCUAUGCAUGUGGAUGAUUUUGUGGCUGCAGAAAGCAAAGAAGUAGUUCCACCAGAUGGGAUCCCACCUCCUAAGAGGCCACCCAAAGUCUCACAGAAGAUCUCUUCACGUGGUGGAUUCUCGGGGAACCGUGGGGGGCGAGGAGCCUUUCACAGCCAGAAUAGGUUCUUCACACCACCUGCUUCGAAAGUUGGUGUUUUGCAUUUAGGAAAUUACAGUCGGCGUGAAGGAGCUAGAGGGUCAAGUUGGAGUGCACAGAGUUCUCCACGAGGCACCUACAAUGAAAGUAGAGGUGGUCAAAGCAAUUUUAACAGGGGGCCACUUCCACCUCUGAGGCCGUUAAGUUCUGCAGGCUACCGGCUAAGUCCCCGUGACCGUGCUUCCAGAGGCCGUGGUGGAAUUGGGCCCUCUUGGGCUAGUGCAAAUAGCGGCGGUAGUGGUGGCUCAAGAGGAAAGUUCGUUAGCGGAGGCAGUGGCAGAGGGCGUCACGUUCGCUCCUUUACUCGAUAAAUAGACCUCUUAGAACAUCCUUACUGUGAACAUGUCCAGACGACGACAAAAUGCUUAAGCACUCGAGGACCAAUGCUAGACUUACUGGUAACUGGGGGCAGCAAAAGAAUUUUUUUUUAAAAGAAUCCAAUUUUGUUUGAUACAAGAUCUGAGAUUUCAAUAAAACAUUUUUGGUGAGUGUG